AAAAUAAAAGUCACCGGAAGUCCAGUCCCCGUAUGUAAACACAUGGCUCGUUGUUGUGGUCCGUGUCUGAUUGACUCACAUUAUGCCCAAACUGUUUGAUCUAAAGUUCCCAGGAGGAUGUAAAACUCUUCCUGAGGGUUUCUGGUCAGCCGUGGACGUGUGGAUCAAGAAACCUCACGUGGUGAACAAGCGCGUGUGCGGAGUGAAGGAGACAGAGGGAGGACACGUGGGCACAGAGGCUGUGCACUUCCUGCUGGAUGAUCCUGAACUGUCUGCUCAGGUGUUCUCCUUCCUGAGCAGAGAGGUUUCACAGGACAAACCCUGGACCUCCAGUGUCAGGACAAUCAUCCCCAAAGUGAACUGCUAUGGGACAACCCUGCACAAGGAGCUUAUACUCAGAGACUUUGGCAGGCAGCGUGUGACCUUUCUUCCAUUCGAAGAGGAUUCAGAGGGCCGAGUGUGUCUGAAGAGAGGGAACAUAUAUCAGAUUCAGCUGCUCCAUCAGGACUGUGAGGAGUGGGCCUUGGAGCUGCAUGCGUUGACUCCAGAUGUGUGGUUCUCUGAUGGCGUGGCGUACCCGAAGCUGCCCUGGCUGUCCACUGAUCUGUUGCCCAAACUGGUGCGCUGGGCCACCGAGUGCAAGAGCAGCGAGUUCAAAAGCACCUUGUCUCUGCUGCCGGUGGAGAAGUACAGCGUCAUGUACCAGCAGCUGAAGGAGAAAUACAAGGCCAUGGUCAAGGUUUGGCCUGAGGUUACAGAUCCUGAGAAGUUUGUCUAUGAGGAUGUUGCCAUUGCUACGUAUCUCCUCGUGCUGUGGGCCGAGGAGCGAGCAGAGAAAAAUCUGACUGCCAGACAGUCCUUUGUGGACCUGGGCUGUGGAAACGGCCUGCUGGUUCACAUACUGACCAACGAAGGGCAUCCUGGAAAGGGCAUCGACGUUCGGAAGAGGAAGAUCUGGGACAUGUACGGCCCCCAGACUCUGCUAGAGGAAAAGGCAAUUACUCCCAGCGAGAGCUUCUUAUUCCCGGGUACGGACUGGCUGAUUGGGAACCACUCAGACGAGCUCACACCAUGGAUCCCCGUUAUAGCAGCCAGGUCUUCUUACUCCUGCCGGUACUUCGUCCUGCCCUGCUGUUUCUUCGACUUCUAUGGAAAAUACCAGAGACGCCAGUGUAAGAAGUCUCAGUAUAAGGAAUACAUCGACUUCAUCGCUGAUGUCAGCCAAGUCAGUGGCUUCAACACUGAAGAGGACUGCCUGAGAAUACCGUCCACCAAACGGGUGUGUCUGGUGGGGAAGUCAAGAAACUACCAGCUACCUGCCGAGGCCGACGCCGAGCAGCGAAGAGCUCAUUACGUCGAGAGCCGCCAGGCUGGAUCUGGCGUUCAAGGGUCAGACGUCAGAAAUGACGUGGACUGUUUCCAUGGGAACAAAGACACUGACAGGACCCCCGGGAGCAGCUGGGGAGCCGGGUUCCAGCCCAGAGAGAGGGUUGAAACGGUUCGAAACUGCGCUGCUCUCCCGCGGGACUUUGUUGACGGCGUUGUCCUGCGGGUUGCUAACGUUCUUCUGGGAAUGACUGAAGAUGACGACGGGGGUUCCUCCAGUGAGUGGAACCGAGGAGGCAGCCUCUCUGUGAGCGAGGUCGCUGGCCUAUUGGAGCAGGAAACCCUGCAGCUGCUGAAGAAGGAGUGUGGAGGUCUUCAGACACUGCUCAAGAACAACCACCAAGUCUUUAGAGUGGAAGGAGGGAGGGUGCACAUAAGAGACUGGCGAGACAGGAAGUCCUCCAGGGUGGAUACCAAGAGAAAGCCCGUUGCGCCCGGUGCCCUGAAAACUCGUCCCUGUUGGUUUUACGACCACCACCCUCAGCGUUGCCCCCUGCAGGCUGAACACUGUGCUUUCGCCCACGGACCUGAUGACCUCCGACCCUCAACCAAACCUCGGAAGAAGAUAAAAAACGAUGCCUUGUGAUUAAUUCAUCUGAGUACUGCUUUUCUAAUUAACAGCCGGGAAAGCCCCGACGUUCAGGCCCGCAGCCACCACGAGGAGGAAGUUCAGGUCCAAGUUCCAAGCAGUGCGAGUUUUAUUGAUGCGAUGUUACAUCACUUCUGGGAAUUGAGGUAUUGCAAUUUUGCAAUAUCCUGUGAUGUUUCCUGGUGAAGCUUCAGGUUUGCUCGCUGACACCUCUGGAUUAUACUCUCGGUUGAAAUUUAAUUUAACAGGAUUAUUUUGUCUUUCUUUUUAUUUAUUUACAAGUGGACUCUUGUAAAGCUCGGCUGAAAUUGUAUACCUACUGUAUAUUAAAGUGUAUUUCAUGCUAU